AUGAGAGAAGCAAUUGACCUUACCUCUGGAAGUGAAACUACACGAAAACGUAAAGCUUUACGUAGUGAACUUUUACAAAAGAACCUUUUGACAUUAACUGUUGUACACGGACGUUGUCCCGGUGAUUUUUGGUGGACACGGGAUGUCCGAAAGUCUAUGUCCGGGACUGUGUCCGCAGGACAAUGGAAUAAAGAGAAUUUCAAAGCGUUGAAGGCAACGCUAAGUCAAUUGGUUCAUCUCAUUCGAUUUAUGGAAAUUAAUCGUGCCGACUUUUUUGAUAAAGUCCGUCCUUAUAAGUCUGUUAUUCCCAAAAAUAUUUAUGAAGAGGUUGAGGAAUUUCAUUAUAAAGGUAUAUUACCGAGAACUAUAUACAACCUUGGUGCCUCGCAUAAGAAAACUUUUAUCAAAAAUCAAACCAAAACUUGUAAAUAUUAUAGCCAAUUGGAUUGA